GGUUAAGGUAUAUAUAGUGCUGGGUGAUGAUAUUUGGUUGACAGAUGUCAGUCGCAUGGUGAAUAACUUAUUGAGAGUUUUAAUGGUGGUUGUGAUGCUGAUGUAAUUUAUUUAGAUACUGAGAUUAAUAAAACUUUGAUUUCUUCUAUCCAUUUUAAUUGAUAGUGUUGGUGACGGAAGAAGAAGUGACAGUAUAGAUUAUGAAAUAGAUCAGAACAAUUUUAGUGAUAUAGAAGUAAACAUGCAUUUAAGCUUUCUUUCAAAGAAAUAUCAUAAGGUUGUUAGGGGUGGUAGACAGAACAGAGUUUCUGUCACAACAUCUACACCAGCGACAGGACAGUUCAUUGAAUAGAAAAUGCAAAUAUAAUAAUUAUGUCCGGCAUGUAGUUGUGAAUAUGUAAAACUAAUGGAAAUGGGGCGUAAACGUCUAAGGGAUGAAUAAUAUUGGAAAGUUAAGAAAACAAACGGCGUAAUAAAGGGCUAAGCUAUGUAAAUACAUAAGGUACGUUUUUAAGAAAAAGAAAUUAAGACCAGCCUGUGUUGUAAGUUGUAGGUUUUAACCCUAGAUGUUCAAAGCAACUGAGUGAAGAGGAUAGAAAAAAUGCUGCAGUCCUACUGGCAGUUAGGGUGUGUUACUUGACAAAGGUAUUUUAUCAUAAGUAAUACCAAUAAAUGUGAGAAAAGAAGAGGAAGGAAAAACUGACUUCCUGUAGGAUAUUUUCCUACAAAUAGAUUUUUCAAAUGAAGAUUCAAAUUCCCCUGUUCGUGUUUGCAAACAGUUUUUAAUACACUUCAGAUUGGCCAGUCUGUUGUAUUGACUGCUCGUUCCAAAUUACCGAUACAGGUGGUAGACAAAGAUAUUAAAGGGACAUCUGAUGGCAGCAGAAUUAGCUAAGUACCAGACAUAAAACUUAAUAUUGUCAGGGAACAUAUGAAAUCUUUUAAGGCAAUUGAUUUACAUUACUGUCGUAGAAAAUAUUAACGCCAAUAUAUUGAUUCUUCUUUAAGUCUUAAAAAAGAUGUAUGCUCUUUGUGGUAAUUUACAUGAAUUUUAAAAUAAUAAUUUCGUCGGUUUAAUUACGGAUAAUAAUUUUUAGUGACAUAUAGUCUUUUAGUUACGUUGUAUUUGCCUGUUGACCGGUAUAUUUGGUAAAUAAAUAAUACUCUUUAAUAUACAUUCGUAAAAAUAAGAUGAAAUUGUUUAUUUACAAAAAGGAUUAUUUAAGAAGCGUUUCAUUGAUAUAUGUUGUAACAUGUCUUAGUGUAAUAUAUUUAUAUUUGUUUGCAAAACUCAAAAAUAUAGAGGACAGGAAAGCAAGUGAUAAGACAUCAGCUUGGCAACCUAUUCCCGAAAAUGCGACAGUAGUUACAGCUUAUAUAGAUAUAGGUCCUUUUUCAAAAGGAUAUCUUCAUCGGAAAAGGUCGACAACAUUUUAUUUUCAAAGAGCCAAAGCGUUUAAAUUCUUGUUAAAUGCAUUAAUAGUAUACACAAAUUCAAAUUCAUUUAAAAGUCAUAUGCUUGAAUUACGUCGAGACCUCCUGUCUGUUACAAAAGUGUUCCUUAUUGAUUCAAUGUCGAUAAGGUCAUUCCAAUAUAUAAAGCAAAUUCAAGAAAUUUUUCUGCUACAUUCAUACCCAAAAUACUAUCCGCAUACAACUAAUCCUAUGUAUACAUGUGUAACCCAUGCCAAAUUCGACUUUCUUUUGAAUGCAACGACAGAAAACACAUUCAAAUCAAAAUAUUUUAUGUGGUUAGAUGUUGGAUAUUAUUCAAGUAAAACAGCUUUAAAAAUGUUUUAUUUAUCUAAACCGCCAUUAUUUAAUGAAACUAAAAUAGCGGCUGACCAAAUUGUUUCUAAUCUUACUCAAGCGCUUUUAUUAGAUCCAAACACAAUUUUUAAAAAGAAAAAGAGCAUUGUAGCGGCCGGGCUAUUAUAUGGAGAGCGAAGUCGUAUAAUCGUUUUUUCAAAACUGUAUCAACGAGGGUUUCGAUACUUUUUGUCACAAAAUUUAACUAAUUCUGAACAACAGGUCAUAUAUGCAAUCUACUGUGAUAAAGGCAACCGUAUACUAAAACCCGCAGUUGACUUACAAUAUUACAGGGCGCCAGGUGUUCCUUAUUAUCACUUCCUUGGUACUAGACUUAUGAAAGUUAGCUCACAUUCGUAAUCGAAAACAACGUUGAAAAUGGAAAUGACAUUUCAAACUUAAAAUUGGAUUUUAAACAAAGAAAAUGUGUGUCCCUACCAUAAGAUUUGUAUGGUUUGUUACGUUCUUACAAUGACCUUAACAAAAACAAAGGAGUAAAAACAAUGAAGACAAAUGCAAUAACAACAACAAACAGAUGUAAAAUGAAAUCCGAUAAAAAGUUGUCGAAUGUUAUAAAAAACACUAUAUUCAAGGUUACAUUACUGCACAUUUACAUAACGCAUUAUGUAUUCCUUUAUACCUACAAAAAUGUACAUGUAUUUUUGUUUCAUAAGAAUAAACAUUUUUUAAAAGUUUUAUCCCUUAUAAAAUAUAUUAACAAUUUAAUAAAAACAGUGAAUGUAUUCAAGCACUGAGUCAUGUCUUGUUGAACUUCGUUGUUGAAAUAAUCACGGUUGUUAUUUUUGUUGUUGUUGUUUUGUUUUGAUUUUUGUUUCCCUUAUUACAAAAGAUAUUGUUAGUAAAGAAGUUGCAAAUUCUCAAAUAAACAUUAUAUGAUUCAUAAAGAUACAGAAAGAAGAUAAUCAAUAAUCAAUCAAUUGAGGAUGUGCUAGUGUGCAUUUUCAAGUGUGUAUUUUGUAUUUUUUUAUUAAUGUAUAUUGUGUAAUUGUUUAUAGCUACACCAUAAAUCGCUGUUUUUACCUACGUUUUUACCAUUUAAACUGCUUAGUGGUACAUUUGCAUUAGAUAUUGGUCCUAUAACAUUGAUUUGUAAAGGUACAGAUAAUUAAGUUUCAGAAAAAAGGAAUUUACCUUAAAUAUAAUUCUAAGAUUAUUAUUUAUAAUAGGGCUACAUAUAUGUACUUGCUAUUUGUUUAAGUUAUAGGCUUUUUUAAUGCAGUUCCCAAAAUAUUAUCUUAAUGAUAAGAAUUGUUUUAAAAAAAUAACAAUCUAAUAGGUUGUAAAGAGAUAAGCUGUCUUACAAAAUAUCAUUGAUGGAUCCUAAUGUGUCGGUGAUAGGUGAUACAUAUACCAGGUAUAAAAAUGCAAAGGUGAUAAUUGAUUUUUUUUCUUUACUUGUAGAGUGACAAGAUAACCUACUUGUAUUUCACGACUGUUCAGCACUAGUUCUCAGAAUCUGAAUAUUAAAUAGAGAAAAAAGAAUCCCUAACGAAUGCCCAAAACGACAAAAUUAAAAAUUUUACAGGUUUGGUUUGAUUGACCCUGUUCAUGGACAGUACUGGAAAGUGCAAGUUACCGUCCAGGUUUUUGGCACCGGCUAUAGCGGGAUUCAUCAUUAAACAUGAACUGGUAACAUUUUGAAUUUUGAAACAACCGCAGAUGUCACCCAGAGCUUUUGAUGGUCAACAUUCACCAUCUAAUGAUAUUCGAAUGAUAAUAAAGUUUUGAAUAUAUUUACAUUCAUGAUUUAUUAUAUUUUGAUUGAAGAUAACGAUAUCUCAAACAAACAAUUAAUAAGCUCUAUACCUUGGGGCUUACUCUUACCAUUACCGUCAAUAUACAUACUCAAUCAAAUGGAGCCUGCAAAAUGUUGAAAUAAUCGUUUUGUGCGUUCUUUAGGGUUUCUGUUUUUAUGAAGUAAUGAUUACGACACGCUUAUAUCUCCGGCACUUUUUUUGCUAUUGAAAAUACAUGUUAAAUUAAUGAUUAAAUAUGUCCAUAUAUAAUUGUUUUGCUUUUGCUGACACCCAUAAUAAGUGUUACAUUAGAGACUAUUUAUAUCAAUUUCCUUUUCACUGUUAAAACUCAACUUGAAUCCCAGUUUUCAUCAUACAAAAUAAAACAACAAACAAAAAAACAACUUCUUAUAGAAUAAACUUUCAUUUUCAAAUAAUUAUAAUGACAGUUAUGUAAGAAAUACACGAUCUGAUUCUUUUAAUGCAAUAAUAAGUGAUAACAUCAAAUUUUCAUCGUAUAUAUCAACAAAAAAUACAUUAGCUGACAUACAUAUAUCUUGAAUUAAAGUUAAAAAAUUGUCCUAAUGAACCUUCAUGGUGUGAUAUUAAAUGUUCCAGCACUGACAUACCUGUUUUGUUGUUAAUUGAAUUGUACAUCUUAAAAUGUCCAGGACUUAUACAUUUUGUAA